AUGCCUCCGAAGCCAGCUUCGACUGUUGCCUCCAAAGCCCCCGCUUCUGGUGUUGGUGGAAAGGCCCCAGCAAAGUCUACCGAGGGCGCAAAGGCCGCAAAGAAGACUGCGAAGAAGGCCGCACCAGGCGGUGAUGACAAGAAAAAGCGCAAGCGCUCCCGCAAGGAGACUUACUCUUCGUACAUCUACAAGGUGUUGAAGCAGGUCCACCCUGACACUGGUAUCUCCAACAAGGCCAUGGCCAUUCUCAACUCGUUUGUCAACGAUAUCUUUGAGCGCAUCGCCUCUGAAGCGUCGCGACUUGCUUCCUACUCCAAGAAGUCGACCAUCUCGUCACGCGAGAUCCAGACGUCUGUCCGUCUCAUCCUCCCUGGUGAACUGUCCAAGCAUGCCAUCUCCGAGGGAACCAAGUCGGUCACAAAGUUCUCGUCGGCGGGCAAGUAA